GCACAGCCAGGAACUCUGUUAGAAUUCUGCACUCCGGACAGUCUCGAACUCAGUCGAACUGUCGACAGUCAACAGUCGCGCGUGUCCGACAGGCAUACCUCUGUCGUAGAAAAUAAUACGACAGGACCGUGUGAUUUUAUUGUGUUUGAUACAAUCGAUAGUAAUUAAGAGUGAGCAAUAGUUUUCGUGAAACUUCAUCGAUCCAUUAUACAUAAAUCGAUCGAUUAUUAAUUCCGUUAACAGUUAUAUUUGAACAGUCACACUUUUCAUGAAAUUAAUAUCAUUGAUUGCAGAGGACUUUGUUAAAUCAAUUGGAAAUAUUUAUAGAACACUUGUUUAGUAUGAAAGAAUGAUGGAGGUGAUAUCAAGUCGUCGUUACGAAGCUCGUCCACCUGCCAAUGUUCAUUCUGGAAUUCUUGUCGAUCCUGAGAACUCUGUGGCUACCGUAAAAGAAGAGGAAUGGGAGACUCGAAAGAAGAAAGAGAUCACGACGACGAGACAGAUAGAAACCAGGGUGAAGAGGCAGGUCGUUCUCGAGGAUGGCGAAGUUGUCGUAGAUUCCGGUCCUCUGGUAACAACCAAUACCACAGAGGACGUGGAGCAGCAAGAACACACCACUCAGGAACGUCGCACAACCGGCGAUGAUCCAAAGGAAGUGGAAUGGCCGACCGGAAGUGGCGAUGGGGUCGUGCAAAAGGAGUCGAACGAGACUGUGGUCCGUAGUCGGGAAGAAGUCGAGGAACGUCUGGAGACUGAAGAUCGGCAACAACUCGGUGACAUAUCUGACGAGGUGUACCUGAGGGCGAUAAAGAGCAACAGAGGUGAUCUGAGGGUGGCACUGGCAGAGUCGUCGAAGCAGCUGGUACCCCAGUCGGGACCGAGAGUUCUCCAGCACACGACCAAGACGAACAAGGUCGUGGACACGGAGAAGAAGCUGGAGAGGAAAGAAUUAAAAGCUGACGGACUUAUAAUCACUGAGACUAAGAAGACGGUGGAGCACGAGGAGAUCAAGGACGACGAGUUACCCGAGGACGGCACUGGUGCUGAUCAGGACAGCGAAUCCGAGACCAGGAAGGAGAGCUCUCAGAGGUUUAUUAAGAAGAGGGACGAGGACGUGGUCGAUUACGUAUCUGGCGGUGAAAAGAUCGGCCGAGAGAUGAGAUACGUUUCUGAAACUACGGAAGGUGAACGUAUCGGAGAUUGGCCACCACCUCCGACGACGAUGCGCACCGCCCGUUUGCACAAGCACUCUGGAUUCCCUGGAGAUGGUUUGCCAACUGCGAGGAAGGACGCUCUUACGAAAAAGCCUUUGGACCUUGAAGAAGAGGAUGAAGCCAGGAAGGUCGAGACCUCUAAAUGGCUUGAAAGUCACUUUGGUAGCGAAUCUCGAUCGUCACAUGGAUCAUUGGAGCCUGAUGAACCCGUGGUGCAACCUGGUACCAAUACCAGUUUUAUAAACGUCACCAUGAAGUCCAUGCCGGUUCAGGGUUCAUCCAGGGAUCGUGAUUACCAAAACUCUAGUCGACCUCAUCAUAGAACUUCCGGUAGAGACUCGAAUUCACCUUCUGGGUAUUAUCAUGGCAUCAGCGAAUGGUCAGAGAGAUACCAGGGUGCAGAAAAACAAAACAAUCAUGGAAGGACUGCUUCGCCUCUUCAAUAUCCGGUCGAGUCGCCUUCUAAGAAUAAUUCAUAUGCUCAUGAGAAUGUGAGAAGUCAAAUGGAGUCCUCGUACAGUCGUAGCUACGAGUCAAAUCGACGGCAGCAGGAACAUCAAGAACCGGUACAGCGCACAGGCACACCAUCCCCACCGCUUCGACGAAGGAACAGGGAGCAGCUUACUGCGCGUAUCGAGGAGAAGACUAAUUACGAGUCGACAGCAGGACGCAUGGCUAGUCCGGUUCACGUCGUUCAGAGAACCUGGGAGAGUCGAAGCCGUGAUGUCCAGGGUCAGGUACCCGAAAGUCAAAGAUAUAGUCUUCAGAAGACGCCGCCCCUGUCGAGAUCUACUUCGCCAACGGUAGUUGCAUCUACGCCAAUUAGACGGGACAAAAAGAACUUGGAGAGUUCAGUCACACCUAGAGAAUCUAAAGCGGCGGGCCAAUCCAAAUACAAGAUCGGCGAGUCCUUCCGUAAACUUGUGGGUAAAUUACGUUCGGCGAGUAGCGAGAGAAAAAAUAAACGUGGCGGCAGCAACUCGAUGUCUCAGCUUACGCAGACCGAGGACAGUUCAACUUACCUGCAGUACAACGUCAUCGACAGGAACAUACCCCUAGUGAGCGAGUAUGCAACACAAUCAAAUGACAAACCACCCGAGCGACCACCACGUUCCCCAAAGACACAGAACAAGAGUGGCAAGGUUACGAGGACCAUAGAAAAUCAGGAGCAACAAUGGCAAAGGGAAUCAGGACCUCCAGUUCAUAGGUAUUACCUGGGUGAGGAUCCCUUCGGCGGUAGUAUUUACGGUCGUGAAAAAGGAUACAAAGACGCACGACCACCUGGAAGACACCGGAACGUACCGAGAGCCGCUAUUGAAACUGAACACAGUGCCAUGGAAUCAAGCUCUCUCGGGAGGUUCAGCAAAUCUACCAGCAGAUUGGCUAACGAGUACGAGGGUGAAGAACAUUUUCGUAGUGCGCAGACGUUACCGAGGAAACUCCAUUAUUCCAGUCAGCCACGGCAGAACCAAUCGGCGUCGCGGCGCCAUGCCAAUUUGAAUUCGAGUCUUGUCGGUAAACAGGGAAACACACAUUCUCCGUUACAGGCGACAUUGCGCUCCAAUCAGAAUCGACAAUACGGCAGCAUGAUUAAUAUUUCUAUUAAAAAUACAGUGACUGCACCCAAGAUCAGUAAACAGACAAAUAAUCAGGCUCCUGCAAAGCCUGAAAGAACGUACAAGUCCUCUUUAGCUCGCAGUAAGAGUUUUAACGUGGAAGCCAAUACAAAUGACGACCUGUCACCGUCCACGACCUACAAGUCGAACUUGCAUUUAAAUCGUUUGGGUGAGACGCCACCUUUGAAGAGUCCUGGCAUUCUUGCUAGUAUCAGUCGCAGUAAUAGGGAUCUAUUUAAAGCAGAUAAAUACGAGUACUAAAAUAGCAAUGGCAUUUAGUGAACUCGUAAAAGUUGAUCCUUUUCACAGAAAAUACAUUCCAGGGUGGAACAUCUACUUCCCUUCAAACCCUUUUGUAUUACUAACGUUUAGGCCUUUCUAGCUUUAAGUUAUUAAUAUUAACACGAGAGUAAUUUACACUUUCUAACUGCUGUCAUUUUACCAGACUUAUUGUCCAAUAAAAUUUCUCUUUUUUUUAUUUUAUAUAUAUAUAGAUAUAGAUAGAUUAUAAGAAAUAAGUUGUUCGGUUAAUAAUAUGAAUACUCGUACUUACUUCCUACCUCUCACUAAUUAAUGCUUGCUUUAACGAUGCCUGUGAAAUAAUAUAACAGAGCGGAGUGAUUCACUUGAGAAGGGCAUUCCGGUACAGUUUAUUAUAUUAUGACUUCAGCAUUAAAUGAUAUUUAUUCUACAAGGCA